ACGAACACGACCCAGAAAGCCACUUUUGAGCGACUAAGCCAAGAAUGACAAGGUUUUACGUCAACAUAAGUAAAAUGUCAACAUGGAUGCUAACAUUAAAUCACCGGUGUUUAUCUUCAAAGGUUCCAGCUAAACCCACAUGGAAGCAAAUUGAUCCAAGUACUCUGCCAAAGCCAACAACAAUAGAUGAAGCUACUAUAAGCCAUCUUGAGAGACUUGCUUUAGUUGAUUUUAACAAUCAAGAAGGAAUUGAAAGACUCGAAAAAGCCAUACGCUUUGCAGACCAAAUCACUUUGGUAGACACAACUGGGGUACAGCCUAUGGACUCAGUACUAGAAAGCAGAAAUACAUACUUAAGAAAAGAUGAAGUGACUGAAGGGAACUGUAAACAAGAAAUUUUGAAAAAUGCGGCCUUAGUAGAAGAGGAUUAUUUUGUGGCACCACCAGGAAAUAUACCACUGAAGAAGAAAGAGAAAAGUUACAGGCCAAAAACAUAAAAAUGGAGAGAAAAGUUCUAGAUUAAAAACAAAUUCUCAGGCUUGUGCAGUGUUAACUAAAAAGCAAAUUUGAUGUGCACAUUUUGGAAUGUUGUCAUGUUUUUUUUUUUCAGUUUUAUUACACUUUAAUAUAAAUUCAUAAAAGUGUCUUUCAAAUAUAUA